ACCCCUUCGCGGUCGGCACCCCCCACCACCCCCGUCCGCCGUCUCCUCGUCCGCAGCCCGUUCGGUGAUAUGCCGCCGCCGGCGCCGCUCUUCCUCUCGCUCCCCUCGCCGCCACCGCCCCCGCUGCUGCCCGCCCAUCACCCCAGGUCCCCGCAGUCCGUGUCCCUAUCCGUAGCCCCGCCUCUCGCCUCCUCCCGGAGGCCCGCCCUCCCCACGUGCCCCGUCGCCUCCCCGCGCCACUCCGACUACUUCGACCCGCGGGCCCCACCGCCGCCGCGCGGGGACGGCGGGUACGGGCGCCCGCCCAACGGCGCGCACGAGGGGAGGGUGUUCACCAGCUACAGCAUCUACAAGGGCAAGGCCGCGCUGGCCUUCGACCCCAGGCCGCCGCAGUUCGUGCCGCUCGAUUCUGGGGCGUACAAGGUGGCCAAGGAGGGGUUCGUGCUGCUGCAGUUCGCGCCCGCCGUGGCCACGCGUCAGUAUGACUGGACGCGCAAGCAGGUGUUCUCAUUAUCUGUGUGGGAGAUAGGAACCCUGCUUACUCUUGGUCCAACGGAUUCAUGCGAGUUCUUUCAUGACCCUUUCAAGGGGAGGAGUGAAGAAGGCAAAGUGCGUAAGGUUCUUAAGGUUGAGCCAACACCAGAUGGCAAUGGUCGCUUUUUCAACCUCAGUGUCCAGAAUCGUCUUGUCAACGUCGAUGAGAGCAUUUACAUCCCUAUAACCAAGGGAGAGUUUGCGGUCAUUGUAUCAACUUUCAACUACAUCAUACCGCACCUAAUGGGCUGGAGCACAUUUACAAGUUCUAUCAAACCUGAGGAAUCACGGCCAUACAGCAGGCCACAGUCGGCGCCUGAGUAUGAGUGGCGGAGGUGACCGACGGUGCACAUGAGGGGAGAUGGCUACAGCUUGAAGGAUGAAAUUGUUGCAUAAUUCGGUAGGAUGAUCUGUGAUGAAUGCCUUUUGGGGCUUUACUCCCUUUGUUUCCUUUCUAGUUUGGACUUGGUAGCACUCCAGCUAUUUGGAAUUUCUCAGCUGUCCAGGGUUCCACGGGGCGUGGCAUGGUGAGGGCAUGUUUUGGGGGGGACAAAGCUCAGUUUUCUGACUACAAGGCGGCAGCAGCAGCAGUGGGUUUCCAUGGCUGAAGUUCAUAUGCCUGCACGGCGACAAAGGUGAUAAGGCCUUGUGUCAAUCUGCCCAUAACCCACAGUUUAGUGGUAUGAACUGAGAAAUGAUUUGUACGGCCAGAGAAGGAAUGGCCUUUCGAGUCUUGAAAUAGACUCACCUGAGGUUAUUGUAAAUGUAGUCUUUGCUGCAAUCUACUGCCUUGUUCUUCCCCCAUGGAUGUUUUCCUACUGAAAUUGUGCUGUGCACUUCCAAUCCAAAAUUUCCAUCCUGCUGGG